UCAACGUUCCUAACCUCAAUCUCCUGAGGACCCCGUCUCUCCCGCCCUCACGCACCCUAUUUCCGGCAGCGCCUCUUCCGAUUGGUUCCCCUCCUGCCCAACUUCCGGCAGCCUGGGCGUUGCCAAGAUGGCGGCGGUGGUGGCAGCGGAGGUGCAGCUGCUGCAGAGCCGGCUCGACGCCUUGGAGGAGCGUAUCUUCGGGGCGCCCGCAGGGGCCGAGGGCGAAGCCGGGGCCCGUAAGAUAGCAGAUGGUUUGGUUAAAGUCCAGGUGGCUUUGGGGAAUAUUGCAGGCAAAAGAGAGAGGGUUAAAAUUCUCUUCAAAAAAAUUGAAGAUGUCAUAAAAUAUUUGGAUCCUCAGUACAUUGAUCGAAUGGCUAUUCCAGAUGCCAUGAAGCUGCAGUUCAUUUUAGCAGAAGAGCAGUCCAUCCUGGCUCAAGCAGCCCUUCUGGAGCAAGUGAGCAGCCUGCAGCCAUACUUGGACAGUGCACAUAUCAAAGCUGCUCCUGACCACGCGGCCAAACUGCAGAGGCUUUCACAGAUCCACAUUCAGCAGCAGGACCAAUGUGAAGCAGUGACUGAGAAUGUCCGGUUGCUCCUAGAAGAUUACAACAAAAUGACUCUUCUCCUUUCUAAACAGUUUGUCCAGUGGGACGAAAUGCUCACCCAGCUCGAAGCAGCAAAGCGAGUGAAGCCUGUGCCUGAGUGAGGGCAGAGCUGGAGCCAGGCAUCAAUUGGGGCUUGUGGCUGUCUUGCAUCCUCCUUUAACAUUUUCCUUGAAUUAUAGCAGUGGUGCUCCUGCUUCAGAUCCUAAAGUCCCCCACCCUAGAUUGCCUACUUUGGCCGGCAGAAGCUGCUGAGAGCUGAUAGUUUGUGGGGCUGGAUUUUCAGUGAUAACAUGGGUAUUAUCCUGUGAACUGUCUCUUAGGCUCAGUGGUCCCAGGGGCUAAAUGCCUGUGUAUCUCUCCAGCUUAGCAGUUCCUCUUUAUUUAUUUUAUUCAGCCAGUUUGUUGGAAGAGCAUGACUUGUCAGACUAAUUACUGUUAACUGUGGACCACAAUAAAAUCCUAACAACCUCCAA